ACCCCAAUAUCUGCGUGCGUUGUUGCAGGUAGAGAGAGCGAAGCAGGGGCAAGAUGGGGCGCGUGAGGACGAAGACGGUGAAGAAAUCCUCAAGGCAAGUGAUAGAACGAUACUAUUCUAAGAUGACCCUCGACUUCCACACGAACAAGAAGCUUCUAGAAGAAGUUGCAAUCGUUCCAUCAAAGAGGCUCCGCAACAAGAUCGCGGGUUUCUCCACGCACCUCGUGAAGCGCAUCCAAAAGGGUCCUGUUCGCGGCAUCUCCCUCAAGCUUCAGGAAGAGGAGCGUGAACGCCGCAUGGACUUUGUACCUGACGUUUCCGCCAUUAACACCGACCACAUCGAAGUCGACAAGGAAACCCUCGAAAUGCUCAAUUCCCUCGGAUUCAAUGAUAUGCCUGGCAUCACGCAGGUUGACCCUGUCCCUGUUCAACAAUCAUUCCCCUUUUCCAGGAGGUAUUGAUGGAUUUUAGCUUCCAGUUUUAAGAUACUGCAAUUGUUACUGCUCUGUUUUGCUGCUUUUCGCUUUUACUUUAUCUUGCUUCUGCUGCCUGAAUGGAGACCGACAAUGUUUUCAGAUGAAGUUAGUUAUUGAGAUGGUGAAUAGCUUGCUUUCGGGAUUAUGGAAUUCUAUUAAUUGAGGUUUUGAGAAUGUUAAUUUUGUGUACUGCUUUUAAUGUUUACAAUUAAGCCCUGUUUAGAAGAAUUUAUGGAAAUAGCUUACAGUUCAGUUCUUGUAUGCUUCCUAGGUUAAAAUUGUCAUACAGCUUAUUAUUCGUGAAAUUGAUAAAUAAAAUAAUGAGGGAUGUGUAAUUGAAUGUAUCCGCAGUUGCAUAUGUUCCUCAUAGUGGAGUUGAAUCAAUUCAUAAGGGGAUUAAUUUUAAUAUGCAACUAUGUUUUCUGAUGUUUCAAUUGGAGCACUUCCCUGUAGGCCUACUGGUCUCGGUGAGCAUGGAAAGCUAAUUGAAGUUGUUAGUUUUUGAGAGAACCAAAUCAAACUGACUAUUGUGGUUUGGUGAAUCGGUUUUGAUUUUAAUUUUGGUUUUCGAACUGAUUUUU